UUUCUCACUUUGUCUAGGGCUCGAUUAGCUCUUCCAAUUCCAAAAUGGACGAGAUGGCUGCCUACUACCCAGCACCCCACUACCCCUACUACCAACCGCCGCCGCCAGCUCCUCCGCCUCAGCUCGGCGUGCCUCCGCCACAUCAUCCUACGGAGGCGGCGCCACCGCUACACCACCACCACCUGCCUCAGCCAUACCUACCACACCCGCAGCCCCCGUUCGGUUCCUACGCGCCUCCUCUGGUCUUUCAGGGUCUGCAAGACGAAGUCCGAACCCUAUUUGUCGCCGGCCUCCCUGAGGACGUGAAGGCCCGCGAAAUCUACAAUAUGUUCCGGGAGUUCCCGGGUUACGAGUCUUCCCAUCUUCGGACCCCAACCCAAACGUCUCAGCCAUUCGCAUUUGCUGUAUUCUCUGAUCAGCAGUCUGCAAUCGUGGCUUUGCAUGCACUGAAUGGGAUGGUGUUUGAUCUUGAGAAGGGGUCAACCCUAUAUAUUGAUCUAGCAAAAUCUAAUUCUAGAUCCAAGCGCACAAGAGCAGAUGACGAAAGAUUUGGCUCAGAUAAAAAAGCUAGAGGAUCUACGUUUUCAAGGGUCACUCCUGAUUCUGCAGGUCUUGGCAGCAUUCACAUGCCUGGAAUGGGUAAUUCUGCUUACAACACGAUUGGUUAUCCAUCUGCACAAAGGUCAUCUGCACUGCUUAAGCACAACUUUAUUAUGUUGAAUCCUGGAAAUUUUGAUGGCAGAGCUAUAAAUGAGACAGCAGCUGCAAAUUUGAAUAAUCCUUCUGCGCCUAAUGUUCCACAAAAUGUUACCCCAUGUCCAACACUUUUUGUGGCUAAUUUGGGGCCAACUUGUACAGAGCAAGAGCUAAUUCAAGUAUUUUCAAGAUGUCCAGGGUAUCUAAAAUUGAAGAUGCAGAACACAUAUGGGGCUCCUGUUGCCUUUGUUGAUUUUCAGGAUACCGCCUGUUCCACUGGAGCUUUGAAUCAUCUCCAAGGCACACUUCUGUACUCAUCAGUAGCAGGCGAGGGCAUGCGGUUACAGUUUGCGAAAUCACGGAUGGGAAUGCGGAAGAAGUCGAAGUAAACUACCCGAUUACAAGGAGAUACACAUAUGAUGACCAUUUGGUUGUGUUAAUUGUCUUCACUGUAUGCACAUCUUGUUAUAGCAUUUUGAACCCGAAUACGGGUUGUCUGAAUCAGUGUAGCUGUUGAUCAGAUUUUUAUUCUUCGUUCAAUCCUUUAUGCCUUUUGGGUAAUGGAUGGAUAAAAUGCAUUCCAAUGAAA